UUUUGUUGGAAUUAUUUAUAUAGUUUUUGGACAAGGAGUGGAGGUCAUAUAUCUCUCCACUUAGUAUAUCAAAAUAUAGUUGAAAUGUAUAUCAAUUGAUUUGUAUUGGAAGUAAGCAUUUGAAUAUGGUGUAGGAAAAAAAAUCUUGAUCCUUUGUUCUUGUUGUGUACCUCAUCAAGGCUUUAGUUUCAGGUUCUGGAGAGAUUUUGCUGCUUAAUUUUUGUGGCGAAAUGGAUGGAAGAUCCUUCAAACCUUCAGACUCACAAAAAGGUAAGCCUCCGGGCGUGACCUUUGCAAGGAGGACUUCAUCCGGUCGCUAUGUGAACUUGUCUAGGGACUCCUUGGAUAGUGAGAUAAGCGGUAUAGAGUUUGCAAACUACACGGUGCAUAUGCCUCCUACACCUGAUAAUCAACCUUUUGAUCCUACCAUUUCGCAGAGGGUUGAAGAGCAGUAUGUGUCGAAUUCCUUGUUUAGCGGUGGAUAUAACAGUGCUACUCGUGCACAUUUGAUGGAUAAGGUGAUUGACUCGGAAGCCAACCAUCCUCAGAUGGUUGGUACUAAAGGUUCAUCUUGUGCUGUACAAGGUUGCGAUGGAAAAGUCAUGAGUGAUGGGAGGGGUGAAGAUAUCCUUCCUUGUGAAUGUGACUUCAAAAUCUGUCGCGAUUGUUAUAUUGAUGCUGUCAAAACCGGAGAUGGGAUUUGUCCCGGUUGUAAAGAGACUUACAAGAACACUGAUUUGGCUGAGAAUGCUGUCGAUCCCUCUAGACAACCUUUGUCAUUGACUUCAAAUGUUGGGAUGUCGAAAAGUGAAAGGAGGUUGUCAGUGAUGCGAUCAGCUAAUAAGUCAGCCAUAAUAAGAAGCGAGUCAGGGUUGAUGAGGAGUCAAACUGGGGAUUUUGAUCAUAAUAGGUGGUUAUUUGAGACGAAAGGAACGUAUGGAUAUGGGAAUGCUAUAUGGCCAAAGGAUGAAGUAUUUGGAAACGAUGAAGAUGAUAAUAUCGGUGAGCAUUCUGAACUUUUCAACAAGCCUUGGAGGCCACUUACGCGUAAGCUGAACAUACCUGCGGCAGUUCUCAGCCCAUACCGGCUUUUGAUCUUAAUUCGUGUCGUUGUACUUGGAUUAUUUCUUCAAUGGAGGGUCAGCCAUCCAAAUAAUGAUGCUAUAUGGCUGUGGUAUAUGUCCAUAAUCUGUGAGAUUUGGUUUGCAAUUUCAUGGUUGCUUGAUCAACUUCCAAAGUUACGUCCAGUCAAUCGUGCUACCGAUCUUUCUGUCUUAAAAGAAAAGUUUGAAACUCCGACCUCAACCAAUCCUACCGGAAAAUCUGAUCUUCCAGGAAUGGAUGUAUUUGUUUCGACAGCUGAUCCAGAGGAAGAGCCGCCACUCGUUACAGCAAACACUACACUAUCUAUUCUUGCUGCCGAGUACCCUGUCGAAAAACUUUCUUGCUAUGUAUCUGAUGAUGGAGGUGCUCUUUUGACAUUUGAAGCAAUGGCAGAAACUGCCAGUUUUGCCAACAUUUGGGUCCCGUUCUGUCGUAAACAUGUUAUUGAACUGAGGAACCCGGAGAGUUAUAAGAGUGUGGAGGAGACCACUGCCACAUAGGAUAUAUUUUGAGAGGUAAGAGGACAAAAAUGCCCUUGAUCGUUUCCUUGGUUAUGUUUCUAUAUAGUAGAAAAAAAAUAUAAUAUACUAGAGUAGCAGGGCGU